AUGAGCAUCGGUUUAUACGCCCAGGCUCCGCCUUCACUCAGACAGAUAAAAUUAGGAGCAUACUCGUCAUCAAGCGAUCUGGUAUUUUCUAGCAAUCUCGCGGAUCCAAAAGCUCACACACAGGAGCGGGCGAAGGACUUUGGUCGUUAUGGGCUCACAGCGAUGCAAUGUUCUUCCGAGUUCAAGAGCUUGUUCCAUUACAUCGAGCGCGCCGUCGCAUAUAGGAACAAGAUUGGACAUGUGAAAGAAUCCGAUAUCGAUCUGGAUUGGAAACCUGAAGGUGCAAUGAGGGUCAUGAUUUACAAUCAUAAGCUGUACGUCCUCGAGUCGAAGGUCAAUGAUGAUUUUAUGGUUAGUCGUGCACUUAGUACACUCCAUCAAAUCGACCGCGCUAUCGCGACGAGCCCAGAAUCACUCCCGGAUAUCGAAUUCACUUUCGUGGUUAGUGAUGUUCCGGAUAUCAAACACCAGCACCAUACCUUCUGGUCACUUUCGCGGCUGGCUAUAGAUGAGGAGAUGUGGCUCAUGCCGGACUUCGGAUACUGGUCGUGGCCAGUGGACUUGGUAGGAAACUACGAGCAAAUCCGCGCAGAGAUCGAAGCGAACGAGGUAGUGUGGGAAGAAAAGGUCCCUAAGGCGUUGUGGCGUGGCGCUGUUAAGACAAAUAAAGUGCGGAGCUCGUUGAUGAGAGUGUCGCAGGGGAAAAGCUGGGCAGAUGUCCAUGAAGUAAGGUGGAAGAAUCGUACCGAUAUUGCUGCAGAUUCCGCGGAUUUGGCAUUGUCCAUAGUGGAUCAUUGCGGUUAUCAGUUCCUUAUACAUACUGAAGGGCGAAGCUACUCCGGCCGUGGCAAGUACCUCCUUAACUGCAGAUCAGUAACCAUAAUGCACAAGAGCGAAUGGAUCGAGCCACACCAAAGAGUGCUUGUGCGAUCUGGGCCGGACCAGAAUUUUGUUGAAGUCGAGAGCGACUUCUCUGAUCUCGAAUCUAAAAUACAGGAACUACUCCAAGACUCCCAGCGAGCGAAAAUGAUCGCAAAUAAUAGUGCAAAGACCUUCCGCGAACGAUAUCUGACGCCCGCUGCACAAACUUGCUAUUGGCGUCAGUUGAUCCGCUCUUGGGCUGAAGUGAGCUUUCAACCGAAGCCAUGGGUACUCAUUGAUGGGAGGAUGCAGCUAAGAGGUAUGCCGUUUGAGACUUUUGUGUAAGUAUCACGCACAAGACUAAAAAUGUUAAUAGACAUAACUGAUCCAAUACAGCAUACAAACCCUUAAGAAACCUUAUGUUUACUGUCCUCUUUGGAAGAAAUUAGUGCUGCAGUG